UUUUUUUUUUUUUUUUACCCUAUUCUUAUUCUACUAAAUGGGGCAUCUUUCGUGUCGCGAAACUAAACAUCUAGAAAGUAUAUCUUGUGUAAUGACCAGCUUACAUAAUACCUUCCUUCCUUCCUUCUUUCAACUUCAACCCUUCUUUGAAUCCUUACUUUUCCUCUUCCUCUUCCUUUCAUGUGUAGCUUGCUUUUCAUUUUUAUUAUACCACGCUAUGCGGCAACAACGGGGUUGGGGAUUGGUGUGGUGUGGUGUGGUGUAUUACCUGCUUGCUUUGCUUCAUCUUUUACGUUCCAUGUAUCACGACCUUAUCUUUUUUCCUUUUCCUUUCCUUUCCUCCUUCUUGUACAACCGUAUCUUGUUUUCUGCUUUUUUCCCCAACAUGGCGGCGGAGGGGAAGAAUGAUUUUUUGGGCUAGGGUUUGCUUUGCUUGUCAUGUCUGCUUGUGUUUUUGUGGUUGGUUCGGCGCGGGAGAAAAAUGGUGCUUUACUACUUUACAGUUUAAACGAUGGCUUGUUCUUGUUCUUAUUGUGGUUUCUAUAAGAGGAGAGAAGGGGAGAGGAGAGGAGAGUUUUGGAAGAUGAAGAUGAAGGUUGGUGUGGUAGUGUGGUAGGUAGUGGGACAAAAUGGAGGCAGGGAGGCGGAGAGGAAUGGGAGGCAGCGAGGAAGGGGUGGCGGGGUGUAGAAUACCUAUUGUAUCUAGGUUGUAACAUGAUCAUGAUCGCGAUUCUGAUUCCGAUGGCGGUGGUGCUAGUUUUGGGUGUGUACUGCACUGUGAAGAUGGAUGGCAACAGGGAAUACUAUGCGGUGAGGUGAGGUGAG